AUGCAAAACACUGCCGAAAAAGAAGAAUUCAAGAACUAUCUUGAAAAAUGUGGUGUUGUAGACGCUAUCACAAAGGUUUUAGUAGGUCUUUAUGAAGAAUCAGAGAAGCCAUCAGAUGCUUUAGAAUUCAUUAAGAGACACCUUGGUAAUUCUGCAGGUAUUGAUGUCGAAGCUUUGAAACAAGAGAAUGCUGAAUUAAAAGCUGAAGUUGGUGCACUUACUCAAAGAAUAGAAGAACUUUCUAAAAAGUUGGAGGCUGUCCAAAAAGCUCAAAACUCUACUGCUACUACCACAACAACAACGAGAAUAGUAAUAGAGUUUUAUUUUGUUAUUUUAAUAAACUGGAUUGUACAAUACAAAUCUACAACUACUUUAGUUUGCUCAAUAUAUUGUUGA